AUGAAUCCUAACUGUACCACUUCGCACGAUAAAAAUGACAACCAACAAACGAUUAGAGCUUCAGACAGCAUGAACCUAGGUUCACAAGCAAACGAACCUUCGCAACCUUUAACGGCUAUUCUUUUACCACCAAAUUAUCUACCUGCCAAAAGUCAGGAAAAAAAAAGUUCUAUCACGAAAAAUCAAGAGGUUAAUAACGCCUCGUAUAAACCUGGUGGAUUGCUAAAUUAUGAAUACCCACUUCAUGUGCUACCAGACGAUUUAAAGCCAAACGCUUAUAGACAUAGACUAUCAUAUAAUGCAUUGCUUGAUGCUUAUUACGAGAACGGAGCUAUGGAUAAUAAAUACUUAUUAACAUGGCAUAAAGGUGCACUUCGAUACGAUAAUAUUUAUUACAAGAUCGAAUAUGAUUGGAGAAUGUGCUACUUGUCUCGUGACGAAGACAGAGGAUUAGACCCCGGUGAAAUAAUGUGGAGAUUUGAUUAUAGGCCGGGCAAAUUUAUUGUUUCCAACUUAUUUUUGAAAUUGCAACAUGACGUUUUUAAUCAUGAUGCAAUUGUAAAAUGGUCAAUCUCCGCCUUACCAACAAGAAAUAAUGUCAAUCCUAUUUAUCAAACAAUUGAAUUCACAUCAAACACACCUAUGGUGGAUGCAACAUCUUUUAUAAAGGGAGAAUAUGGCUUCAUCUUGAGAGCCCACUUGAGAGGAGGAAAUAGACCUGAAAUCUCAUGGCAGUGGACUCAGCUUUUUCGUUGUAAACUAAAAGACACUUCGGGUCUUUCUUUAGAGGAGGAUUGUGGACUGGAUGUAAAAGUAGAGCUGGUUCCAGAUAUAAUUUGUGAUCCACUUCCUGAAGUAAAAUAUGAUCUUGUGUUAAAUGACAGAACCACUAGUGAUUUUGUUAUACAUUUGGAAUCAAAUAACAGCGAAGAUAGCACCAAACGGGAAAAGCUAAAUUUCUAUGUCCAUUCUAACAUUCUUGUGGAAAGGUCUGAUUAUUUUAGAGCAUUAAUAGAUUCACACAUGAUAGAGUCUAAUGAAAGGUCGCUUAUUCUUACUGAUAUCACACAAGAUUCUUUGGAAGUUAUACUUAAUUAUAUUUAUGUUGGUGUACUACCUAAAAUCACAACUUAUAAUAAGUGGGUUGAAUUACUUCAUGAUGCUUCGAGAUUCUUGAUCCCUACAUUAAUUCAAAGGUGUGAAAAGGCGCUGAGAGAUCUGUUAAAUAAUGACAACUUGGAUGCUACCAAAGAUUUCGCGGAGGAAUGUGGUGCUAAUCAAUUGUUAAGAUGUUGCGAAAUGGUUGAAGUGGAGAAUAUAUGA